UGACGAAGGUGCGCAUCACCCUCUAUUGUCCCUUUGAUUUAUAUAUUGAGGGAAUAAGAGACUGGUGGAUAGGACACACAGUGCUUGUAGACUUACCGAACCUUGGUUUCCCUGAGCCAGACUGAAAAAGAUGACUCCCAAAUCCGCGUGGGCAACAGAAAGAAGGAAUGGGACCUUUAAAUCUAACUGCAGUUCCACAUCAGAUCUCGCGCAAGGAUACUCAGACAUGUCAACGAAGGAAUACGCAUCUACGUUUAUUAAUGAAAACACAAGAAAGAAAAGCCAAAAGCACAAGAUACCAGGUAAAGCAAAAAGCAAACAACGUGGCAAUCGCAGAAUGAAUGCAAACGACAGAGAAAGGCAUCGCAUGCAUAAGCUGAACUCUGCUCUGGACACCCUGAGAAGCGUCCUUCCAUCUUUCACCGAUGACGCGAAACUGACAAAAAUUGAGACUUUACGAUUCGCUCACAAUUAUAUUUGGGCAUUGUCAGAAACGUUAAGAAUUGCAGAUGAUGUUCGAUAUAUUUCAACUCACGGUAAAGAUCAGGAGAACCUUAUGGUGCCAAGUGGUUGCUUGGAUAUGCGCCAUGGUACACCAGGCGGUGGCGUGUCCAAAUGGCACGCCGCAAUCUCACCAUCAAAUUGGCAAGAAACACAAGGCUACACGGAUUUUUUACUGGAGGAAUUUAACAGCAACUUUCAGCAGAAUUUAACAUUUCGUUUUGCUGAGGAAAGUCUGAUGUGCGAAUAGCAAAUUCUUUUUCUUCCCACAAAGAGAACUUGGCAGCCUUGUGUUAUGGCCUUGGUGCGUCUAUAACUUCUGCACGUUCUCACGUUUAUUUUGCUUCCAGUUCUUUUAUAAUUAUAUUUUAGACACAGAUUUGUAUACUUUAUUGAGCUUUAUCGGACAAUACUUGUAAAUAUUGUUUCUUCUCCCUGUCAUUUUAAUAUAAUC